CCAGCUGCUGCUUGUUUCACUCGGACACAUUUGGGGGUGGGACCUAUACCUUCACAAGCUUGCCGGAAUGUCCGUGAUGGGUGAUGACCGAACACGCCCCCUUUCUGUUGUGAGUGACGCUGCAGUGCUGUUCCGGUCUAGAUCGGCAUGACUUUCUUUUGCAGAAGAUGUUUUUGAAAAUAACCGGAUUCGCAACAAAUUUUGAAGGAUCUUAUCAGUAACAGAGCGCUGAGUGAUCGCUUGCUGUGUGGCGCACUGCGGUGUGUGUAGAGAGAGAGAGAAUGAGAAAGAGAAAGGGGAGGGUAAUGGCCGACUCGCCGAGGAAACGCGCAGCAGGGGAUCUGUACGAAAACAAUGACCAUCACUCAAAUAAACGCGGCCGAUCCAAGAAGAAGAGACAUAUAGCUGCUGUGAUCCUGGCCCGGGGAGGCAGUAAAGGAAUCCCCCUGAAGAACAUCAAGCUGCUGGCUGGAGUUCCGCUCAUUGGCUGGGUGUUACGGGCUGCUUUAGACUCUGAAGUGUUUGACAGUGUGUGGGUGUCCACGGACCAUGACGAGAUCGAGAGGGUGGCAAAAAACUGGGGAGCUCAGGUACACAGAAGGAGUCCAGAAGUUUCCAAAGACACCUCAACAUCACUUGAAACCCUACAAGAGUUUUCCCGACUUAACCCAGAAGUGGAUGUCAUCUGUAACAUCCAGGCCACCUCACCAUGCCUUCACCCGCAACACCUGAAAAAGGCUGUGAAGAUGAUGACCAAAGAAGGCUACGAAUCUGUCUUCUCCGUCGUCCGCCGUCACCACUUCCGCUGGCAAGAGUUAAAAAAAGGAGAGGUCACAAGCACUAGGGCUUUGAACCUGGACCCAUCCAGGAGACCCCGUCGUCAGGACUGGGACGGAGAACUCUGUGAAAAUGGAUCCUUUUACUUUGCCACCAAAGAUCUUGUAACCCGAGGACUCCUGCAGGGAGGGAAGAUUGCCUACUUUGAAAUGCUACCAGAACAUAGCGUUGAUAUUGAUGUUGACAUUGACUGGCCCGUAGCAGAACAGAGAGUCCUCAGAUUUGGUUACUUUGGAAAGCAUAAUCCAGAGCAGGUGUGCUUGCUCCUGUGCAACGUGUCAGGCUGCCUGACUGACGGGCAGGUCUAUCUGUCUAAAUCUGGAGACGAGAUUCUGUCCAUCAGUUCCAGAGACCUGGCCGGAAUCCGCAUGCUACAGGAAGAAAAAAUGGAGGUGAUCCUUAUAUCAUCCAGUGACAGCCCAGUGCCAGAUGUGUUUGCAGAGCAGCUGUCACAGAAAACAGGUUGUGAAAUCUGGCAUCUGAAAGAGGAAAAGCAAGUGGAACUGGAGAGACUGCUGAAAAAGAAGAAACUCGACUGGAAAGAGGUGGCCUACAUAGGUAAUGAUGUGCCAGAUGUGGAUUGCCUGAACCUGGCUGGUCUAAGCGCAGUGCCCUUGGACGCCCCCAUUGUGGGUCUCAAUGCAGCUAAAUACCUGUGCCAGAGAGCAGCAGGACACGGGGCUCUUAGGGAGUUCAUUGAGCACAUUGUCCUGAUGAAGAAGGGAGCCAAAUUUCAGAACAAGCACCACUGCUAAAGAGAUUUAUUUAUUUUAUUAUUAUUUUUUAAGUUUUCUGAAAGCUUUCAAGCAUGGAUCUGCAGUUGCCUGCACUCCUCUUCUGUGCUGUACUGUAGAAUUGAAUUUUUAUGGAAUAUAAAGGAAAAAGAAACUAAUCGAAUAUUCUGUAAUGCUGCUUGGUCUAAGAAGUUAAUAAAUUAAGGCUCGUGCUGGGGAAUUACCAUUUCUUCAUUUCGUGAUUGGAAAUGUUGUGUGACUUUAAAUUUUAGCAUUCACUAGAGGGCAACCUUGUACAUUACAUCACAUCAUAGGCUGGAUUUGACAUUGUGAUCAUGCUUGUUCAUGCAUAAGCCACUGCUUACUUUGAGAUUAUACUGAAUACUUUUAUCAUAAGGAUUGCUUCAGGCUAUUUUUCUCAUCUUUACAUCCUGACACUCACACUAUCAGCAAAAUUCUCAUGAAUCUGCAUGCUUAUUUUAAAUAUCUUUUUUUUUUUUCCAUCAAGAUGUAUACACUACUUCUCUGUACGUCACUGAUGAGUGGACUAUUAAAUGGAAGUAUUAAAGGUUG